CGUAAAUGUACGCACUGACUGACUAUGAGUUGACUACGCAAAGCAAGCGCUAAUAAUUUUGUGCAAAAUAUACAACGUAUAUUUCAUUCAUCAAUUAAAUGUAUCAUUACAGUUCUAAUGUACAAUAAGAGAACAAUUCCAUCACAUUUGUAGAUUGAUGGCUAGGAAACCAUCCCCGUCAUUAUGUACUGGAUGCAGACGAUGAUGCUUCUAUAUUUCUAGUCUAUUCCAGUCUUACCCUGCUCCGUUCCACUCUACGCGGUGUGGACCCUGCAACGUCACCCCCCCCCCCCCCCCUUUUGCUUCAUCAGUGGUACAGUCCAGGGGCUUCAGCCUAUACGCAGCAUCUCUAGAUGAUGCUAGAAUCUGCCUGAGCGUGCAACGGAGGGGGUUUUCUGCAAGAGUAUUAAGUACGCAGCUCUUGGAUUGCAGUGCUCUAUCAGAAGAGCUCCAGGCAAGUCAAAGUGACAUUAUUGUAUCGCUUCAAAUCCACUUACUGCUAAGAAGUGAUAUUAGAGAUUGAUCUUGUAUUAAUUGAGCAGCUGCAGAAACACGCAAGGCAAUCAUGACGCAUGGCAAGCUUUUACUUGCUAACAAGACUACCAAUGGUACCUCCACCGGAGAGGGCCAAGUCAAAGCUCCUCCCACUUAUGAAGAAGCAACUGCUGGAAGCAGCAGCCCUUGCUACAGUGAUGGGGAGAGGCUCACAGAGUUCAGCUGGGAAGACAAGAACAUCAGGAGGGUGUUUAUCCGAAAGGUGUAUUCCAUAUUGAUGAUUCAACUGUUUGUCACUAUGGCUGUUGUUGCUAUCUUCACCUUCUGUGAACCAAUAAGAAUCUACAUCCAAUCAAACCCAGGCUGGUAUUGGGCUUCUUAUGCUGUCUUCUUUGUCACAUACCUGACUCUCUCCUGCUGUUCUGCGCCCCGGAGACUGUUUCCAUGGAACCUGAUUCUUUUAGCACUCUUUACCCUUUCACUCACUUACAUGACAGCAAUGUUGUCAAGCUUCUACAACACCAAGUCUGUGGUGUUGUGUCUGGGCAUUACAGGCGUAGUUUGCCUCUUGGUGACAAUCUUUAGCUUCCAAACCAAGUACGACGUGACAUCCUGCGGGGGGGCCCUCUUCAUCUUCAGCAUGGUCAUGUUCACCUCUGGGCUGGUCAUGGCAUUCGUCCUCCCCUAUCACUAUGUUCCAUGGUUGGAUUGUCUUUAUGCUGUUCUGGGAGCUAUACUGUUUACUAUGUUCUUGGCGUUUGACACCCAGCUGCUGAUGGGGAACAAACGCUACGCCAUGAGUCCGGAGGAGUAUGUCUUCGCCACGCUCUGUAUCUACCUAGAUAUCAUCUACAUCUUUUCCUUCUUCCUCCAGAUUUUUGGGACAAAAAGAGAGUAAUAUUGUCUACCUACACAUACAUCGAUGAACAACAGACAUACAUCUACCUUUCUGAUGCAUAACAGCUUCUUGUUAUACAUCAAUAUACUUCUGAAAGUGUACAAAGUAAGCAGCGUUAAAAUCUCAUAAAAUAGGAAAAUAAUUAAUUAUUACUUGAUGUGAUAAUGUUGCAACCUAAACUAAUGGUUGUUGUAGUUUAUUGCGUUGUGUAUUACGAAUCCCUUGUACAUGUGACCAGCAUCAACCCCUCAGAACUUGAAUCCUUCUCUAGCAUGAUAUGAAACCAGGUCAUUGUUUGUGGUUCAGUUCAUACCUCUCUUAACACAAUACAUUCUAUAGUCUUCUCCCAUAAGGCAUGAAUUGGAAGGUAGAUACAGCACAUGUUCAUGUCAAUACUAUGUCAGUGGUUGUCAAAGCUAUGCAAGAUGUUUAUCUGUGACGCACAAAGCAAUAUGCAUGAAUAUUACCCCAAUGCAUUCAUCCUUUCACACGAACAUUGAUGUUUUGCUGUACAAAGGCACACAUGUUGAUCGUGAAAAUCGUAAAUCUAGAGACAUUGAGUGUUCUCCAAGCUUAAUUUGAUUAUCGUGUUAGUGGAAUAUUAGAAAACAACACUGGGUUUUGUAUAGCUAACCUUAUUUCCAAUAAUAUAAACGUAUGUGUUCAACGUGGAAUAACUUAACAUAAAAAAGGGUCACUCCAGACAUGAUGUGGGAGUCAUUAGCUUGUUAUGCACUUUAUCUUGCACUUUGAGUGAUGCUUUGAGUGUCGCUUAAAUAUAUCCUUGUUCCUAUGUUAAAAAAUAACUUGUGAAACAUUUGAGGAGUUCUUUGAACUUUAAUUUAAGUCUAUACAAAGAGGUUAUUGCUUCAUUCUUUAGUCUCAUGAGCGUUUUUUAUCCUUUUGCAGGGGUCAAUUCUGAAAGGGGAUUAAAAGUGCCAAACAGAUCAGUAUUUUUGAUGAUGCCUUGCAUUUAAGAAUGAGAACGAAGCUAUAUUUGAUGAGAUCCAUAUUUAUUUUUUAUAUUAAAGCAUCGAUGUAAAAAAAACGAGUUAUUCUGUUUAUGAUUUUGGAAUGAAUUUGUCUCAAAUGACCGACGUGGCCUAGUCUUUAUUUGGUGUUUGCGUGUAUGUGUGUGUGUUACAGCGCCUGCCUUUCACCAAUUCAUUUUUGAGUAACUUAAAGGUUAAUUCCCCGUUUGAUACAUUGGGGCAAAUAAAAGACUACUACAAUAGAAA